AUGAGGCUAUACUUCCCAUCUCAAAACCCUAACCCUAACUCAAAAAUGAAGGCAACUAAUUUUCUUUUACUCUUUACCACUCUUUCUUCCCUUUUUUUCUUAAACGCGCACGAUUUGAAAUCUCUCGUUUGCCAAGACCCAGAUCAUAUGGCCCCGAACUGCAACAAGACCUUGGCUUCGUACGCCUGUACCCAGGCAUGCGGACCCAAUCCAACCGACACCCUCAAAACCAUAAAGUGUGUGGGCCAUUUCGUUAACAUGUUGGCCAUAAAUGCCACCAUGGCUGCCUGGAACAUGUCCAAUGGGCAGUGUACGGGCUAUUGCCAUUCCGCGUUGGGCCUACUCGAGGAUAGUGCGGAUCUCUGGAACAAGACCACCAAGUUCGAUCUCAGCGGCAUCAACGUUAUGGCCUCGGCUGCCGAGUCAUAUAUUGAGACGUGCACGGACAGUUAUGGGAAAUCGAGCUUGCCGGAGGCUUUGAAGGACAAACUCGACCUAGCGAAGGAGUUCAUCCAUAUCGUCCUCGUCAUAUCCAACAUGCUUCAUUAA